CAGACAUUGUGUUGAGGUCAUCCUUUUCCUGUAGUUAAAAAAGUGUGAAACAGUAUAAACUAAUAUUGAAAUAUGGCGAUUCGAUUUGAUGGGAAGAGAGCUCUCGUUACCGGUGCUGGGAAAGGAUUUGGUAGAGCUAUUGCGAAAAAAUUAGCAGAAUGUGGAGCAGAAACAUUUGCACUUAGUAGAACACAGGCAGAUUUAGAUAGUUUAAUAUCGGAGGUACCAAACAUUAACGUGAUUAAUGUAGACUUACAAGACUGGUAUAAAUCAAGACAGGAAGUCAGUAAGAUCGGACACAUAGACCUACUGGUAAACAAUGCUGGUGUAACUAUGAGGUCAUUAUUCAUCGAUACUCCAAAAGAAAACAUUGACAGAAUAUUUGACAUCAACUUUAAAGGAACUUUCAACGUGUCUCAGGUUAUUGCUAAGAGGAUGAUACAAAAUGGAAAAGGUGGAAGAAUAGUUAACAUAUCCAGUAUCUUGUCUGAAAAAGCUAUAUCUGAAGGAUGUGUCUACUCUACAACAAAAGCAGCUAUUGAUAUGUUAACUAAAUGUAUGGCAUUAGAACUGGGACCUCAUAAUAUAAGAGUGAAUUCGAUUAACCCUACUGUGGUGUGGACAGACAUGUCACGGCCAUACAAGGAAGAAUUAAUGCCACUACUUCCAAUGACACCAAUGGGAAGAUUUCCAGAGAUAGAAGACGUAGUUAAUACUGUAGUAUUUUUACUAAGUGACCAGAGUGGAAUGAUUAGUGGUGAAUCUCUCCGAGUUGAUGGAGGAUUAGGUGUACAUUGAUAACUGAUUACGUGUAUUUAUGUAUCAAGUAAAUGCUUCAGAUUAACAUGUCACAUACAUACAUAGAUCCAGUGAUGCUAAAGUUUAAUCACUAAUACAAUUAGUUGAAAUUCA